UUAGCCCAAUAAGCGGGUCCGUGAUCGACCAGCCAAACCAACGACAACUUCUAUGCCAAGCCAAGCCCCCCAAAAAACAACAGAUUUAUCCUGUCAGCUCUCAGUGUGCAUUGUCGCUUCCGCAGACACGCCACCGCGCCAUUGAAGACGGCCUCGAGCUCUGCCAACAUGGAUAUCGACGACAUACUUCGCGAGGUGGACCCCACCUUUAAUGCCGUACCCCAGGAGACGCGUGAUCUCCAGGCAUUAACACGCGCUUGGGUGGCCGAAAGAUCUGCCCCUGAACUCUUAGACUGGCCUGCUGGUGGGCUUUUUGAGCGCAUAAACGACCGCAUCAAGAAGCAGAUUGAGAAGGUUGAGGAAAUGACGGGGGAUAUGGACCCCAAGACCAACUUCGCCCUCAUUGUCAUUCAAACCGAGUUGGAGAGGUAUAGAUAUCUCGUACGCAGCUACCUUAGAGCUCGAAUAGCAAAGAUCGACAAGCACACGCUUCAUUAUCUGUCCACAGACGCCCUGAGGUCACGUCUCUCCGAGGUUGAGCUGGCCUAUGCCACUCGGCACCAGGCUCUCCUCCACAAUCAUUACUUGUCCUCAUUCUUGGGCUCUUUCCCGCCACCUCUGCAAAACCUGAAUGAUACAGCUGGCAAUAUCAGCAUGAUCGAUGCGCCCGACCUCGACACCGCAGUCUUUGUCCGUCUGCUAAGAGACACCACGGUGGAAAGCAAAGGUGUCGAUGCCGAUGGCGCAUUGGACGUAAAGGACGGCUCGAUUCUGAUCCUCCGGUGGUCCGACGCCAAACCCUUGGUCGAGAUAGGCGACGCCGAGUUGGUGUGAUCUUGGACCGGCUCAGGACCAAAUUGCUCGGGCGCAGCCUCGCGGGUCCAUCUGCUGCUUGGGCUGUCUUGGUCUGAGCUACUAGCGGUUUGCAGUCACUCCGUCUUCGCUGCCAAGGAACUUGACGAAGUCGGUUGA